GCACCGUAUCAACCUACGUUCCCGAAACGAACGAUUCAACAGAUAAUAAUCAAACCCUAAAAAGUAUUCUAUUAUCUACAAUACACAAUUCAAAGCGGACUAACUUUAACCAAGGAUGGAGGCAACCGUACCCGGCUGUUGCUCUUAUUGUUACAUUGCUAUGUGGAUGUGGCUCUUUACCCUAACUUCCACCCUGGACUUGAUCAAAACGGAGAUAAGGUGCAUUCCAUCAUGCCAACUCCCGGUUAUCAAGCCGGCUCCACGUGAACUCUCUGAAGUGGUAUUUGACCCAUUUGGAAAAGUACCAGAGGAUGAAAUUGUGGGGUUAGCAGAGAAGUCACCACGUUGUCACCCCUUUAAUGGCAGAUGUAAAGAAGUCAAAGUUGCGGAAUAUUUAGAGCGCGUGUCCGGUGAUGGGGAGGUCAUUUCGGUGCGUAAAUCCGAGCAGCACUUUGCAAAUAAAUCAAACAACCGUGGAUUUAAAAAACGUCAGAGCAGGGAGAAACUUUCCAGUUCUGAGGAGCUUUAUCAGCAUCAAAGUGGCUCGGGCAUUUAUAUUCCAUCUGCCACCCCCAAUAAAGUAUCCGUCAAUAACACUAGACAUAAUAAGAUUAAUUGUUUUGGAAGAGAAAAUAUACUUAAACGACGUGAAUUAUCAAAAAACAAGGUUAGAGCAAGUUUUAGGAGCCGUGGAAGGAGACGAAAGCGUAGCUUCCAGACAGCGGAGAGCAGAGCAACUUGGUCCGGAUUCCGAUGGAACAGUGAAGAUGCCUCAACCCCGGGGCAACAUGAUGAGUUGAAACUCAUUAGUUCUACGUUCGCACUCACAGGGGAUUCAGCUCAUAACCAAGCCAUGGUGCAUUCGUCCGGACAAAAUAACAGUGUGAUUCUAAUGCUGACUAAGUACUUUGACUUCAGCCUUGGCAGUGUCACAGAGAGCUCUCUAUGGAGGUCAAUAGACUAUGGAACCACAUAUGAGAAACUUAAUGAAAAGGUGGGACCAAAAACCUUACUAAGCUACUUGUACGUGAGUCCGAAUAACAAACGAAAGAUCAUGUUACUGACCGACCCAGAGGUGGAGAGCAGCCUGCUCAUUAGUCUUGAUGAGGGCGCAUCCUAUCAGAGGUACCACUUAGCCUUCGACAUCCUCAGCCUCCUCUUCCACCCCGAGCAGGAGGACUGGAUCCUGGCUUACGGCCAUGACCAGAAGCUGUACGUCUCUGUUGAAUUUGGAAGAAGAUGGCAGCUCGUGCAUGACAGGGUAGUCCCCAACAGAUUUUACUGGUCAAAACUGGGUUUGGACCAAGAGCCAGGAAUGAUUCACUUGGAAACCAGUGUUUCUGAUAGACGGUCCCAGUAUAUAACGUGUAAGCUGCAGAACUGCUCAGAGGCCAACAAAGGCAGGCCUUUCCCUGGAUUUAUCAGCCCUGAUUCCCUGGUCGUUCAGGACCAGUAUGUUUUCAUUCAGGUACCAAUGGGUGGCCGGCCUGUCCAUUAUGUGUCUUACAAAAGAAAUGCUUUCUUCCCAAUGAAGCUACCUAAGUACAUAUUACCAAAGGACUUGCAGAUAAUCAGCACAGAUGAUAACCAGGUGGUAGCAGCAGUGCAGGACUGGCACCAGAAUGACUCCUACAACCUGUACAUAUCAGAGGCCCGAGGACUCUUCUUCACUCUGGCCCUGGAGAACAUAGUGAGCAGUGGGGGACCAGAGGGCAACAUCAUGAUAGACCUCUAUGAGGUAGCAGGGAUAAAAGGGGUGUUCUUGUCAAAUAAAGUUGUUGAGGGCCAAGUGAAAACGUUUAUCACUUACAAUAAGGGGCGAGACUGGCAUCUUCUACAGGCUCCAACCACUGAUCUGAAGGGAACCAGACUCUACUGUGUACAGCCCUACUGUUCAUUACACCUGCAUCUCCAUGUGUCUGACAACCCGUACACGUCUGGAAACAUAGUCAGUAAGGAAUCAGCUCCAGGAAUUAUCGUAGCAUCAGGUACCAUUGGGCCCGAGCUUACCGCCUAUAAUGUCAGCAUUUUCAUCACCUCAGAUGCUGGCAACACUUGGAGAGAGGUAUUUGAGGAGGAGUAUAGCGUCCUCUUUCUUAACCAGGGUGGUGCCCUAGUGGCCAUUCGACACACACCUCUCCCCAUCAGACAUAUCUGGCUGAGUUUUGAUGAGGGAAAACGCUGGAACAAAUACAGCUUCACCCCCUCUCCUCUCUAUGUAGACGGAGUCUUAGGAGAGCCAGGGGAAGACACCCUCAUCAUGACAAUAUUUGGCCAUUUCAGCCAUCGUUCUGAGUGGCAGCUUGUCAAACUAGACUUCAAGGCCAUCUUUAACAGAAGGUGUAACACAGACGACUAUCAGACCUGGCAGUUACACAAUGAUGGUAAAGUCUGCAUUAUGGGAGUGAAGAGAAUCUUUCAUAAUCUGAAGCCCGACACCAGAUGUGUCAAAACCAGAGAUCAGUACAUCUCCCAGAUGUCAGACUCCUGUCCAUGCACCGAGGCUGACUUUGAGUGUGAUUAUGGCUUUGAGAGGCAGAGUGGUGGAGGAUGCACCCCAGUCUUUUGGUUUGUUCCAUCCUCCGUGUCCACAGACUGCACCACUGGGGACAGCUUCCUCAACACUACUGGAUACCGUAAGGCUCUAUCCAAUAACUGCACUGCGGAAACCCUGGGGAAGUAUAGCCCUAUGAGCCAGAGGUGUCCUCGCCAGGCCCCGAGAGGUCUGCAGCUGGUCACCAGUGAGGGGACACUUACAGCCACCAUGGGGGACAACGUCACCUUCCUGGUGUUUCUGGAAGAGAGUGAUGGCUCCACAACAAGUAUAACAUUGGACUUUGGAGACGGGACGGCCAUAUCCUACGCUAACAUCAGCUCCAUAGAGGAUGGAAUCAAACAUAUAUACAGUAAAGUGGGCAUUUACCGAGUGGCUGCCACGGCACUCAACAGCCUGGGCUCUGAGAGAGUCUUACUAUACCUACAUGUUACCUGUCUACUUGAGCAAGUGCAGCUUUCAGCUCCCUCGGUGGUUGUUAGGAAUGAAGCAGUGAAUCUAUCAACAGUCCUGAAGCCACGUUACGUUGGAUCAGUCACCUACUACUGGUGGUUGAACAACCACACUGAGCCUGUUAUGACUUUAGUGGGAGGAAUGUCCUUCACCUUCUCAAAGGAGGGAACCCAUACUGUCACCGUGCAAGUGUCAGUUGGUAACACCGUCCUUCAAGACAAAAUAACAGUUGCUGUCUAUGAACAUUUCAAGUCACACGUUUUAGCCUUCUCCUCUAAUCUGGAGGCCUUCAAUCCUGGUGUGCCUGAAUGGAGGCAGGACAUCAGUAGAGUGGUCAAGGACUCCAUGGUCCAAGUCACAGGGAUCAGUGGAGAGCAGCUUCUAGUGUCAGUGCUCCCAGGGUUGCCAACGGCAGCAGAGUUUUGCAUCGUCCCUGAAAAAAGGUCAACCGAGGGGAGAAUGGAUGGAAAAGUGACACAUUUAGAGCAGCUCUCUCUAGUCCUGCUCAGUGCCCUGAAUCAAGACCUCAUCCAGUUUACUCUGCAGCCUGGGGUUCAGAUUAACGUCUAUGCCACACAACUGUCUCCAGCUCCUAUCAUGGACACCAGUGAGAGUGGUCACAAUGGUGCUACAGUCAUUAUGCUAGUGUCAGUCGUAUUUGUGGGUUUGGCAGUUUUCGUUAUCUACAAGUUCAAAAGGAAGAUCCCUGGCAUCAACAUCCACACAAAUGAGCGAGAGAAACAACAGGAAGUGAUCCCUUCGGUGGUGUCUAUAGCUGUCCCAAACCCUGAGGGGGACAUGGUGAGCACGUUGGAGCACUUGGACACAGGGCCAGAUGCACGUGGCAUAGGAUACCUACCAUCUCACACAGAUGUCAAACUCUCAGAUGAAACUCCCCAUAUGUUUUAAUGCUGAGUCCACAGCCAACUUGUAAGCAAUACAUCUUUUUGGCAGUUGCUUCCAGCAUUCUCUGAAACCACAGAACAAAUGGAAGGUCUCCAGUGUUUUCUACCCAUGCAUGGACAGACCAUCGUAAACUGUGCUGCCUGGACUAUAGGAGGAGACUACAGAUUUUACUGGCAUCUUGAAAAGGGUCAUUUUUAAUCGAAAUACUUGUAUUUUUGCAAGAACAUUGCACGUUUAUGAAAAUAGGGUAAUUACAGAACUGCUGAACUAAAGAUAAUUUGAUUCAGCUGGUAACAGUCGUGUGUAUGACUUCAAGACAAGCAACAGUAAAGCAACAGUAAUGUACAGUAAUCUAUUUCUCUUGAGUGUUCCAUUUCUAGUACGUCUCUGGUGGUAGGUGUGUGGAGGAUGUGUAAGUUAAGUGUACUUAGGUCCCGAUUCUGACCUGAGUUAAGCACAUGUAAAUGGAACGUUAUUCCCUUUUUUUUGCACUUUUCUCUCUUUCUCUCUAUUAUGACCUUGAACAUAACCAUUGUGUAGUCUUAACAUUCUGUAUACUCCCCUUUU